AUGGAUCAAAAAAACCGGUACAAAAAAAGAGCGGCCGAGACCUCUCAAAAUAGGUCGAAAGCAAACUAUUUGUCGUUCGGAAAAAAGUUAAUUAAGCUCAAGAAUGAAGCUAUUUGUCGACCGCUGCAUCGCACGGGGUUAACUCGUUUACUUCAUGGACUCAUGCAGCUUGCAGGACUAACACCAAAAAUCCUAGAAAUAGAGCCUGGUACCAUCAUGAACAUAUGGAUUCCACAAGAAACUAUCGUCGAACUUGAUGAAAUACCCCAAUACAUACCACCCAAGAAACCUGCUGUACUCCUUGUGCAUUGUUUCGCGAUGGAUGGUAUCUUCCUGUGGUUUCCACAAGUUUUAGCCCUAACGAGAACGUACUCCGUCUACGUCCCGGACCUCCUGUUCUUCGGUGGCUCAACCACCAACAGAAAUGAGAGGUCUGCUAGCUUUCAGGCCGAGUUUUUGGCCAAAGGGAUGAAGAUCCUUAGCGUGGAGAAAGUGACAUUAGUGGGGUUAAGCUAUGGAGGUUUUGUUGGUUUUGAAAUGGCUAAGUUGUACCCAAAUCUGGUGCAUUCUAUGGUGGUGUCUUCUACCGCUAUAGAGUUAACGGAGUCACUUAGCCAUGAGUCAUGCAAGCGAUGUGGUGUAUCCUCUUGGGCAGACCUUCUGUUGCCGGAAACAAUGGAGGGUUUGAUAAGGAUGCUUACUGCUGGUGCUCAUAAAAUGCCAUGGCUUCCAGAUUUCAUUUAUCGUGGCAUUUUUGAGACAAUGUUCAACAACAGAAAAGAGAGAGGCGAACUCCUGGCAGCAUUGGUCGUCCCCGACAAUGAUGCGAACACGGUUGCUAAAUACUCUCAGAGGAUACAUAUGUUGUGCGGUGAGGAGGACAAGAUCUUCAGUGAUGAGCUUGCGAAAGCCAUGAAAGCGCGAUUGGGCGCUGAAACGACUAUAGAGUACAUAAAGUCUGCUGGUCAUCUUUUACCUGAGUUGGUCUGCAAGACUACAACAUCUCUAUCUCGUAAAGAUAGUUCGAGUGGAGCAGUGCUUUGGGAGCAGUUGGAUGCACGUUUGGAGCUUAAAAUGGAGCUUGGAACUUAUGAAGGAUUAUGA